UCAUCUCGUUGAAAUCAUGUUGUAAUCUACAUACAUAGAAUCAUGAAUUUGAAUUUGAAAAUGUUUCAUUUUAUUCAAAUGAAUCCGAACAGCUAUCCGAAUAAUAUUGUCAGCUGUCACGAAUAUAUUGAUUGAUUUGAUGCCGGAAAAAAAUAACCAAAUAAAAGGGAGAAAAACAUUUAUUAAGAAAUGAGAAGAAAACAACGAAAAAGACUAUCUAUUUCAUCGCCGAUACUAUCGAUGUUCGAUUCGAUUAAACAAUUUUCAUUAUCAUCAUCAUCAUCAUCAUCAUCAUCAUAUCAAUCACCGUUGAUGAUUGCCAUUCUAAUUGCCAUCAUCAUGAUUAUUGAUCAUCAACAAUUAUUGAUUGGUAUCCAUGCAAUGGCAUCUAAUCCAUAUGCAUCAGGAAUUAAAUUACCCGGAAACCAAAUCGAGGAUCAAACAUUUUAUGGUGAAAUAAAAUCAUUGAUUGGUGGCCGUGCUGAAUUGCCUUGCAAUCUAACAUUGCCUUCACCGGACGAUGCUAUACAGCUAAUAUUCUGGCAUCGUGGUAAUAAUACACGUGUGCCUAUCUAUACGGUGGAUGGACGAGCUUCACAAACAUUAUCGAAUGCAACACAUUUUUUAAGUGAUAUUUUUCAACCAAAUCGUGCCAUUUAUGAUCUACAAUCAAAUCCAUCUGUAUUACGUAUUGAUCCGGUAUUUGAAAAUGAUCAUAAUGAUUAUCGUUGUCGGGUUGAUUUUCGUUGGGGCCGUACAAUUAAUUCAUUUGUAUCGCUUCAUGUUAUUGUGCCUCCAAAAAAGAUAACAAUUCGUGAUCAAAAUGGAAAUUAUAUACAAAAUUCAACAAUCGGUCCAUAUGAUCAGAAUACCGAUGUUAUAUUGACAUGUGAAUCGAAUGGAGGAGUACCACCUCCAACAUUACAAUGGUAUAAAAAUGGUGUCAUGAUCGAUGGAUCAUAUGUUGUCGGUGAUAAUGGUAUUGUGUCGAAUGAAUUGAUUAUUUAUAAAAUAUCAUCACGUGAUCUAUAUGAUAAAUAUGUUUGUCAAGCCGGUAAUUAUAAUAGUUCAUCAUCGAUGCCAAUCGAAGCGUAUGUUAUUUUGGAUAUUAAUCUAUUACCGAUCGAUGUACGUAUAAUGACAAAUCGUACACGAUUAUUAGCUGGACGUAAAAUUGAUAUCCAUUGUCAAACAUAUGGAUCGAAACCGGCAGCCAUUAUUAGAUGGUAUCGUAAUGAUAAACAAUUAUCAAAUUCAAUUGAAACAUAUGAAUCAAAUAAAACAUUUAGUUCAAUUACAUUGAUGCCUACUGUACAUGAUAAUGGUUCAUUAUUACAAUGUCGAGCUUAUAAUCCUCGAUUACUUCAAUCAUCAUCAUCAUCAUCAUUAUCAACGAUGAAAAAUUCUUCAAUAAUAACAUCGAAAACAACAACAACAACGACAAAGAAUGCUAAUAAUGAUGGUGAAAAUCGAAAUUAUAUUGAAAGUGUUUGGCGAUUAGAAGUACUCUAUAGCCCUCAAGUUAUAUUACGAAUACGUAAAUUUAAUGGUGAUCGUCAUCAUUAUCAUAAUCAACAACAACAACAACAACAGACAACGAUAUCAUCAACGACAACAUCAUCAUAUUAU